GGAGUGGUUACCUCGGGAUCCAGAGUUUAAAUAUGUCCGGAUACGCACCUUUGGCUAUCCUGCCAACUGGACGGAUUUUCAAGAGUCGUAGCUUAGUGCAGCAAUUUUGGAGAGUCACUCCGCUCUCAUUUGCUCUCGUCGACGCAUCAAAACCGAGGGGUCAGGACACCGAUCGUCCUGGUAGGGCAUUCAAUGGGAGGCCUUGUGAUUAAGAAAGCCUGCCUUGCCUUCAAGUAUGCUCUGGACGAGUGCUCCGACUUUGCCAAGCAAGCUCUUUCCCCUGCUCAAGAUUGCUAGCUCCAACUGGCCGACACUUCGAAUAUUCUUGACCAGCCGUCCGUCGCCCGAGAUACGCAGUGAGAUUAGAUCACUAUCAGGCCCCAACUUCCGGACGUUUGAGGAUGAGAUCUCGCCCGAUGAUACAAAAUCAGACAUUGAGCAGCUGCUCAAGACACAUAGGGAUGCGUAUGCUGCUACCAACUUCUCGGUACAUCUGGUCAACUGUCGGCCAGAGAGCGACGAGGUGUCUGACGCUCUUUAUACAUUUCGAGCAGGAAACAACGUCUUGACCUGGAUCAAGUCAAGGAGGCAGGGGCAAACAUUCGCCGCUUCGUCGAGCGCCGAUCAAGACACGUGGCUCCUGUGGGGCCAGACGUCCGCAAUAGCCGUUGGCGCCAAAUUUGUGGCCAUUGGGAAAUCCUCAGGCAUGAUAAGAAUAUUCAGUGCCACCACCUACACUGUGCUCUUCACCCUUCAGCACGGCGAAGAAGUCACCGUGGUAUCUUUCAACUCAGUGGGAGAUUAUCUCGUCACGUCUCGAAACACACUGGCCCGGUCAUGGGCCAUGACUGAACUCGAGGAGUGUGACAUGAUCUGGACCAGGACUCUAAACCAUCCAUGCACACAGUUUUCGUUUGACGACCAAGACCAAAUUCUGGCCACAACCUCCAAGUACUCUCUGCUCAUCCGGCGAGCUGAUGGCGAGGAUGAAGACGACGAUGACUGCGAGGUGACUUUGGGGUUUGGUGACGCAGCCAACCAGGAUCAAGACGGCCCCGGCAUCACGGGGCCACCGACUGGGCCACCAACUUUUAGCAGCUUCUCGCUGGAUGGACUCCUUGUUGCCUUGGCGCACGCAGGGAGAAUCAGUCUAUGGCAAAUCGAAGGAGACGAACCGGCAGACUAUGCAGGCACAUGGGAACGUGAUGCCUUUCCAGAAGAUGACCCACAAGAGGUGGAGGCGAUGCUGUUUAACCCAAACCCAGAACUGGAGUUUGUGGUGGCCACAUACAGGAGCAAGAUAAGAGGCGAAGGAGAGCUGGUGUGCCACAAUGGCAAGCGGCUGCUGGACCCCCGACAGACCCACUCGGUAGUGUGGGAACCAGCAGUUCUGGUUCGGAACCACGACGGGGACGACGACACAUCGACAUCCGGCACGUCGGUGGCACUACCACAACCAACCGUGGUACCGAACCUGGGGGAUCCACGAGAGAUCACGGCCACCGCGCUGCAUCCCGGUAUUAGUGCCGCAUUUGUCGGCAAGGAGGAUGGAGGUGUACGACUGUAUGAUCUGGUUGGGGGACGCAAAAUACAAGACCUAGUUGAUUUACAGUCGGGCCGAGCCAUCACGAAUCUUGCAUUCCGCAACAUGGACAUGCUCGCGUGUGGGGAUUCGACUGGCGCUGUCGCGGUGGUGGUGACGCUUAAAGCGCGGUCCAUAGAAAACGACACAGUCAACAUUGGCAAGCUGCAGUGGCUCGACCCGCCGCCCACGGAACCAAAUACCGCCGUUCCGAUCGUGCAGCUCGUCUUUACCAACUCUGGCCGGGGCCUCGUCGUCUCGAAUCGCGAGAGGACCCAGAUCUGGAUCCUGAGAGAGGACGAGACCAUGGAGCUGACGUCUUCAGGGGCUUCUCCCGCGGAUCUAUGCUGGCGAUUCACACCGUGCGACGACAACCAAGAUCAGUUUCAGCUUGUGGACAAGCCGAAAGAGACGGUUAUUCACCCAAAGGGAAACAGUGGGAAUGAUCCCAGAGUAGGCCCCGGGCUUGGUAGCCAAGCGACCGGAAAGCCGAAGCGUUCAAAUACCGACGACAGCGCCUCUAGCGCGCAGAGCAAGAAUGGGAGCUCGCGCGUUCGACGUGUCCUCACGGAUCCAGACACGGGAUACGUCGUCGUCGAGUAUGCCGGCGCCAAGGCGACAACGCAGCUGGUCAUUCCCGAGCGAACAUCUCCAGCGCUGCUUUGCCGGGACACCUCGGGCCGCACCAGAUCCGCAUCUGUGGGUCCGGACGGUGGACCUGCGCCACCUCGCGUACGGGGCCAAAUCCCUGCCGGGCGGAAGCACUUUUUCAUCCCCCACGAGAAGUACCUCGGCGGGAACGACAACAUGCAGGCGAGGGUUGACAACAAGGACGAUGUGAUAUUUCCGAGAAGGGGAGAGCUGGCAGUGGUCUGGGGUGGGAUAGGAAAGAGUACGGGAUGAGGAG